AUGGUUGUGUUUGACGACACUGUCUUCUGCGCAGGCUAUCACCUACUUCACAGCGGCAAGCAAGGCCGCCGUAUUGUCGGCGGGGUCUCGGACCCCAUGAUAGACCCAGAAUUGAGACCCGUGCUUCAGAAGCAGGAUCUAGCGCAACUGGAGCUGUUCUGGUGCCUCAAGCGAGUGGACACGAAUUCCGGGCUGUGGGCUGUGCAGGUGCAGCCACGGAGACACAAGGAUGUACAGUCACAGCGGCUCUUGCUUGAUCUGGGCAACCUUCUGCACGAGUGCACGGUUGUCAACGGCCUGCCGCCGCUUGUCGUGGCCGCCGAUUCACAUCCAGCACACCAGAUGACCAUCCGCACCCUGCUUUGCAUACAGCCGCCGCCGCAAGCCCUGUUCUGGAGUGAUUGUGAAAAACCAAGCAGCCUCGGCUUCAACUUGUUUCCCUUCAACGCCCUGCGAUGGAAAGAGCAUGCCUUGUUCAUGACGGUGGAUGGUCCUCACGCUCUCAAGGCCAUGGCCCGUGCCCUGAGAAGCAGUGUGCGUGUUCUUCAGGUGGGCAGCGCCUGGUGCUGCACAACCACCCUGCUGCAAGGCAGUCAGAAGGCGCCCCUGGAGGCAUUUCUGGGGAAGGACCAGCAAAGUGACAAGCAGGCGGCAUGGAUGCUGAAUCCAGCAGCCGUUCCGGAGGGCUGCUGGAACUCGGGAGGCUUGGUUCUGCUACAGUUUGUUUUGAGUGUGGUGCUAGCUCCCUGGCACGCAGCUGCAAAGCUGAGCACCAUGCAGAUCUUCCAGUGCGCAGCCACCGGCUACUACAUGACCUUGCUCAUGGUGUCUCAAGCCCACCGUGACCACGGAGGUCAGUGGGAACGGGCGUGUUUUUCCCGGCCCACGGCUGCAACAAUGGUGCAGCUUUGCGCGUGUGCCAUGGUACGUGUGGCCCAUUGGCCGGCCGAUGCGCCGUAUCAGCCGGAGAAGACACUAGAACAUGCGAUCGAAUGCUGGUUCUCGGCCGUGAAGGCCGGGCACCGAGGGAACCCGAACAUCAAGGACGCUAUCCUCGGAGUGGAUCGCCUUCACAUGAAACAAUACAAGAAGAAAGCAGCGACUCCCAACGAAAAGCGACUGGUGGAUUCUCUGUCCAGGGAGUCCUUGCGAAAAGCUGCCGAUGAGAGUCUCCAAACAGCCUGCACCUUCUUCGCGGCCUGCAGUGUGCAGGUGACACCGAGCCACCUUUCCGAUGACCUGGCACAGUGGUGGGAGGAAUGCGGCAAGGAGCUUCUUCUGGGUGAGAUGUCCUUACAGGAGGAAGACUCCGAUGAAUCCGACUCGGAGGACGUGGCCGAGAUGCCCGAGACGGGAGUACUGGAGCCAGAGGUCGACCCCGCCAACGAGCUCCUGUGCCUGGAGUUCCAAAAGGAAGCCAAGAACGACAUGCAGAAAAUCAUGACAACAAGCGGCGAGCCCGCGUCGCUAGCUGUCUCAGAGCCUGUCACCGAUGUGCUGGAUGCGCCCAGAACUCCUUCGGACGUGCUCCGUGUCGCUGGCCUGUCUAAUUUCAAAGGCAACGCGUGCAAUGGAAAGCCAGAGGACAUUGCAUGCUUAGGGCGCAUCGAACAACUUCAGUCUCCAUGCCGAGCAUUCACUUCCUUCGUGCGCCUGUGCGAGGGCUUCCUUUCCAAGACGCAGGUGGAAGGCGCCUCAGCUGACCUGAACGACGCACAGCUUCUCGAGCAUUGGCUGUCCCAGUCAAGACAGCUGAUGGAAGCGAGUAGUCACCGAACUAGCCGGUUCUCAACUUGGGCCAAGUUUGGCCAGGAAUGUGAGCAGUUGGUGUCUGCUGCAUCCGGAAGUCAGCUCAUGACUGCCAUCAAGGAGUUCCGUCCCCCACACGUGUGCACUGCAGAGGGCGCUCUCAAUUAUCAGGUGGUGGCUGUCCGGGAGCAUUCCAUGGCGAAGCCAAAGCUGGGCAUCGUCUGUGCUGCGUUCAGAGGCGUGCAGAAAAGCAGGAAUUCUGGGGGCACUAGAUCCCAGGCAGCAGGAAACAUCGCCGCUUGCACCCUGAAAGCUGCACAGGCCAAAAAAAUCCAUGUGGUGUUGCUGACGCCUGGCAACAAGCCGGAACAGUUCAUCGGCUCCAUUCUCCACCCGGUCAUCAACUUGCAAGUGCACUCCGACAGCGUUUUGCUGGAGAUCCCGACAAAGCUGUAUAAAGUUCAGGAGCUUCGAAGCGCCGUGCAGAUUCAGUUGUCAAAGGAGACACUGGCCCAAUGGCUACAGCUGCGACAGUCGGAGGUGCCGAACAUCCUGGCCUCAUCGAAAGGAGCCGAGGUGGUGCUGAAGCCACAGUUCACUGCCGAGAGCUUCAGCGCCUCCAACAAGGGCAAAGCAAACAUCGCCAAAGCAUUCCAAGUUUGGGUGGAGUUGCAUCAGAAGGUUUGGGGCUCGCAGCUCUUGCAUUCCGGGAAACUCCAGAUCAAGAGCCAACCGGACUGGAGGGCGUUCUUGGAGAGAGCCCCAAAGUACCUCAUCGGCUUCUUCAAGGGCACAAAGGGCGACUUCGGGAAUUGGUGCCUUGAGCAAUUCCGCUUCUACUUGCCCUCCAGGGAGACUCCAAAAAGUCGCUUGCCGGGGUGGUUGAGUGAGAUCGAUCGUCUUGCGCCGCAGGCUCUGCCCGCAAGCUCAGCCUAG